AUGUCAUCAGUGAUUAUUUUUGUGAAAGAGAAAGUUGCUCAUGAUGAAAGUCUUAGGAAUUACUACCUAAAUAAGAAAUAUUCUCUGAAAUACAUUAUAAAACUUUAGUGAAAAUUACUGAGAAUGGAAGACGAUGGUAAAAGUACAAUAUUUCCGAUGUCUCCAUCGAGAAUCAAGCGAGAGAAAGUGACACCACCUCGUGAUGAUGAAAAGAAAACUCCCGGAAACGAUAUCUCCACCUUCCUGGACACUCUCUUCGGCAUUGACACAAAUGUUGAACAGGAUGACAAGAAGUCUGUGGAGCCUCUGAAGAGUUCAGAUGAGAUCCUGACGGAAUUGUUUCAGGUAUUUAAUGCUGCGCCCCCGAAGAAGGUGCUUACAAAGGGGGAGAAGAAAAAGAAGAAGCAUAAAAAGCAUAAGAAAAAAGCAAAGAGACGGAAACGGGAAGACAACGUCGAUACUGAUUCUGAGAGUUCAGACUCUGAAGUGUCUCUAGCUAAUGGAAGAAGCAAGUCAAAGAAGAAGUCGGAAGGUGGAGAAGAUGAGAAGAAGAAGGUCAAGAAAUUGAGGAGAAAAUCUCAAGAGAAAGCAGGGAAAGCAAUGAGAAUAGAUGUACCGGAUGCGUGCGAACGUACAGGGGUUAAAGAUAAAAAAGCACUGGAUAAAAGGGAUCAUCUUACAAAAGAACCAUCUAGGAAGAUUGACGAGAAGGAGCCAGCGAAAGAGAAAGAGGGAGAAGCGAAAUCACAUAAAAUCGUCAUCAAGGAUCUGAAGAAUAGUUCAAUUCUCUCGGUAGCUUCAAAAGUUGAAAAGGGAGCUUUCAAGGAUCGGCGCAGUCUGGACAGGAGUUCGAGGAAAAGGCCCAGUGAUGCGUUGGACGAAACGAGAACGAACGAUAAAGGGGCAUCAUUGUCUGACUUUAGCAUGUCAGAUGAGGAUGAAUACAUCCACAAGGCUCUCUCACCUUUAAGAAGUCGAGGAGGCGAUCAUGAUAGUAUGGACAGGCGACGAAGAGAGAGAAUGUCCCAUCGCUCGCGUCACGAGGAUGAUUUCAGGAGGGGAUACAGAAAUGAGAAAAGUGAUAGGGGUAACAGAGAUCGCUUCUGGGGAGGCCGUAACAGAGAAAGAUCACGAUCAAGAUCUCGUUCUCGAUCUAGAGCAGAAAAAUCCAGGGAGAAAAUUGAUAAGAAGAAGCUCUUGGAAAUUGCGAGGAAGAAUGCAAUUUCAAUGUUGAAGAAUGGAACUCUUCCUGGCUGCCAGAAUCUGGCGCCGGCUGAUAAAGAGAAAGCUCUUGCUAAGAUGACUCAUGGUGGGAAGUCAAUUGAAGAGCUCACAGAGUAUUGUAAGAAGCUCUCCAACGGUGAAAGUCUCAAUGAUCUAUCAAGUGUCUCUUCGGGAAAUGAGGACAGUGAUCACGAUAAAGAUGGAAAUGCCAAAGCAUUUCAUCAUCCUUUUGUGGUGAAAGAUCGGGGACCUAUCGUUAUGAACAUCAAGAACUCCGUUCCAAUUCCUCCGAAGACCGCUGAGCAGACAAAGGCUCUGCUAAUGCAGUUCCCCGUAUCAUCUGGACAACAUCACAGAGCGACGGAAUCUGAGUGGGUGCCGGUUUCGCCCAAAAAACCAGAUCCUCCUAAGGAAUCGAAGAAAACCGCCCCAAUUCCUGCUAAGCAAUUGAGUCAGGCAUUUUACACGAUUCCCACUGAAGAACUGCCACCACCAACACCAGCUCGUCCUCCAGAACCAGAAACCGUGUUUCCCGAGACAGCUGAAACAACUAGUCUGGAUGUCUCAAGCAUCAUCAGUCAGAGAUUAAACGCAAUGCGGAAAUUGCAGGAAAACCCACAGGAUAAAGAUGCACAGGAAUUAAUGCAAAAUACUCAGAAAGACAUGUCCAACUGGGCAACAUCAAAGUUCACUCCUGGAAAGUUUCUCGGCAGCACAGGAGCCAGUAUCUUGACUGCAAAAGAAUUGCAAUCAGGCUACCAAGCGUGGGCAAAAAGAGACCAGCUCAUCUGCACCGCCCCGGUAUCAGGCGGAAUGGGAAUGCAUCUACUGCAAAAGAUGGGUUGGCGACCAGGUGAAGCCCUCGGGAAGGAUAAGUCAGGUUCUCUACAGCCACUCUUGCUAGAGGUGAAGCUCGACAAGAAAGGCUUGGCAGCCAAUGAAGAGAACCCUCAUCAGAAUCAUCGGAAGCGAAAGAUGAACGCUGCUCUGACAAAGGAAGCUAUGGAGAAUAAGCAUCCAGUGUCCCUUCUUGGUGAGCUAUCAUCGAAGCGAAAGUGGUUAUCGCCUAUCUAUGAAGUUGUCAUGGAGAGUGGGCCUGGACAUCACAAGAAUUUUCUCUUCAAGGUCACCUUAAAUGGAGUUUCUUACACUCCGCAAACUCCGAGCAACAACAAGAAGGAGGCCAAAGCAAUGGCGGCGAGAUGUUGUCUUCAGCAUAUGGGAAUUCUUCCCUAAUUGCCUGAGAAUAAAUACGAAACAUCUUCAUGUAAAGAGAGAUU